CGCGCCGUGUGCGUCGACGCACGGGGUCCGGCCGGGAUCUCCGCGGCCCCGGGCCCGGCGGGUCGGCGGCCAUGGCCUCCGCGGCUGUGGAGAGCUUCGUGACCAAGCAUUUGGACCUGCUGGAACUCGAGAGAGACGCGGAGGUGGAGGAGCGCAGGUCCUGGCAGGAAAACAUCUCCCCAAAAGAACUCCAGAGCCGAGGCGUCUGUUUGCUGAAGCUGCAGGUUUCCAGCCAGCGGACUGGGCUGUACGGGCGGCUGCUGGUCACCUUAGAGCCCAGGAGAUGCACAUCUGCUGCGGUGCUUCCCAGCAACAGCUUUACUUCAGGCGAUAUAGUGGGUCUGUAUGAUGAAGGCAAUCAGCUGGCCACAGGGAUCCUGACACGGAUCACACAGAGAUCAGUCACAGUAGCCUUUGAUGCGUCUCAUGAUUUCCAGCUGAGCUUGGACCGGGACCGGGAGCGGGCCUACAGACUGUUAAAACUUGCCAAUGACAUCACUUACAAGCGACUGAAAAAGGCUCUGAUAACACUAAAGAAGUACCAUUCUGGCCCCGCGUCCUCACUCAUAGAGGUCCUCUUUGGCGGAUCAGCCCCCAGUCCAGCCAGCAAUACAGUCACAGAGAGAGAGAGAGAGAGAGAGAGGCAGAGACAGAGGCAGAGGGAGAAGCAGGCUCCAUGCACCGGGAGCCCGACGUGGGAUUCGAUCCCGGGUCUGCAGGAUCACGCCCUGGGCCAAAGGCAGGCGCCAAACCGCUGCGCCACCCAGGAAUCCCUCUCAGCAUCCUUCAAAUUGAAGAUCACUUAUUUCUGAUGAGAAGAGUAAUAGAGUAUGUGUUAAUCGUAGAAUAUUUGGAAAUAAGUACAUUAGCAGGGGAACAGAUCCCUCAGGAACCUGCCAUCUGGAGUUGGCCUCCCUAGUACUUGUGUAUAUUCUAGUUUUUCCACGUGGAGCACUCUGUCUUUUACAUACAGACAUGUAUGCACACAUGUGCACUGGGACUUUGGGUCAGGUGGUUCUCUGCUGCUUUCUAGCUUUGUGUCAGUCUGGCCAGCCCAGAUCAGGGCACUGUGCCUGGGAGUUCUGCUCACUCAUGGGUCGGGUGUCUCCAUGUAGUCGGUGCCCUAUAGAGCUGGACACAUAGCUGCUGCUCUCUGAGCACAGAGUACACGAGGCAAAUAAUUGGUCUUCAUCAUAGAAGAUUCAGUGAGGAGACACGAUUCCAAAAUUUGCUAAUUCCUUUU